AUGAAUCCACAUUUGAUCAUGUUGACCAUGUUUAGCCGCUUCCUCGAUUGGUUGGCUUUGCUACAGUGUCGCCGUACAUACUGUUUGCUGUCGGUGACCAACUACACGAACGGGCUCAUAAUCGUCUCAUGGCUGUUUGGCACCUAUGGGCUCGCAUUGGACCUCAUGUACUGCGCUUCUUCGUGCAUGUUCGGAAUUGCCAUCACUGGGCUUUAUUUGAACUGCAUAACUUUAAUGGUCCCCGACAUGAUAUACAAGAUCCUUGUCUCAUUAUGCGCCCUGUUCUAUGGCAUCCAUGAAGCGGACGCAGGUGCCGAAAACGCUGUGUACCGGCUGACGCUUGUCCUCGUCGCUGUCGUUCUCCAGUUCGUUGAGAAUUACGUGCUUUUCCAAUCGUUGUCGGCCAUACAUCUGCAAGCACAACAGCUUGUUCAACGACGUCCACCCCCUACCUACAGUCAACUGUACAUCGUUGAACUCUGCCAAUCUUCAGGAUCGUGUGCAACGGCGAAGAUAACGAUGAUCCAAGCAGGGGACGAGCCAAACUCGUCCCAGAAACGUCCUCCGCCGUGCUAUGAGCUGGCUAUAGAGCAUUGA